CUUCUCGUUUCUCUUCAUCUCCAAAGUCUUUCCUCCAGUAAUUUUCUUCUUCUUUCCGUUACAGGUCCGGAAAAACUGUAGCAGCCCGAUGUACGUGGAAGAGACGGGGGAGGAUUUGAAGCCGUCCAGUCUUGCUUCAGUGGACCAGACGGAGGCAGAGCGGCUACAGGAAGAGAACGAGGAGGAUCUGGAGCAGGAGCUGGAGAAGGAGGAGCGGGCGAGCAAGCAGGUGCUGGAGAGCGUGGCGGGGGCCGUGGGCGCGGUGGAGACGGCGAGGCACUGGUGGGCGGGGCUGCCGGAGACCCACUGCCGGACCAUCGCUGCCCACGACAACUCCUGCUGGAACGGCGUGCGCGUGGGCCCAUACAUCAAGACCACGGCAGGCAUCGGGAUUAGCGUUCAGAAGUACAACCCUGAGGUCCGCAUAGAUCACCCCGACACCUCCGUCUACUCCCUGGCCGACAAACUGAGGGGCGUGAGAAGGCUGGUGAUGACAACGCUGACGUGGCUCCCCAAGUCUGACUCCCGCCGCAGCCACAACUACCCUCAGACAGAUGGCUCAGGCUCCGGCGUGGACGCGCCCGGGAUGGAGAUGUCUGUGGAGUCCCGGAGCCGUGGAAGAAGCCCCAGCGAUGACGAUGAGGAGUACAUGACGGACUACUAUGGCGAUUACUAUGAAGAAGACGCCAGUGGUUAUGGGUCUGGUGACAACGUCCUCGAGGAGAAGACCGAAUUGAAAGGAACUCCCCCCAUUAAGGUUGUGACGGCCUCCUCGGGGCGGUCAGGAGCCAGCCUGUUGGUAGUGCUUCUGGUGGCUGUGGCCGGGGCCGCACUGCAACGCCAGGGCUAACACACACCACCUACUCCCCUACUCCUUCCCUCACCUUUAUGGAGGUAGCAUGUAUCUCUCUUUAUCCCUCUCUCUCUGCUAUACACACACACACACACACACACACACACACACACACACACAGUAACUUUACUACACUUAGUGUUGUCCUUUUUAUACAAUUAACUUGAGUUCACUGACAGUUCGUGACCAAACAGCACCCCCUCCAGGAACACUCCAAUUCCUAAUACUUCAUAGAAAAGGCGUUCCUGGUGGAUGUCUCUUUUUGGUCACAAUUUGAAAAAAAUUAUAUAUAUAUAUAUAUAUAUAUAUAUAUAUAUAUAUAUAUAUAUAUAUAUAUAUAUAUAUAUAUAUAUAUAUAUAUAUAUAUAUAUAUAUAUAUAUAUAUAUAUAUAAUUGAAGGUAAACACCUAUUGUUCAUGAUACUCAGUGAAAACAUAUCAUUCAUAGUACACACACACACACACACACACACACACACACACACACACACACACACAGUUCAAAAGGAAGAGGAAUGCUUAUGUCAAAGUAAGAAGAGAAGAAAAAAGGAAUUUUGAGAAAAUACUGUCAAUAAGUGCAAAGACCAGCCAAAACUGUUUUAUAAGUUCAUAAAUGGAAAGUUGAAAAAUAGAGAUGAGAUUCAGAAAGUUAAAGCUAAUGGUGAAACUUUUAAUAGUAUAAGUGAAAUAGUUGAAGUGAUGAAUAAUUGUUUCCAAACAGUGUUCACAAGGGAGAAUGAGUUUGAAGGUGUAGAUGCAGUGCCGGGGAAUAGAGUGCAUGGGUCUGGAGAGAAUACAAACAUCAGCAGAUGAAGUUAGAAAAUUAUUGGAAGAAUUGGAUGUGAGGAAAUCAGCAGGACUGGAUGGUAUAUCAAAUUGGGUGCUAAAAGAGUGUAACCAGCAAAUAGCUGAAAAGUUGAGCAACUUGAUUAAUGUCUCACUAGCACAAGGGAAGGUAACGAGAGACGGGAAGAAGGCUAACAUCGUCCCAAUACAUAAAGGAGGAAGUAAGGAAGACCCGUUGAACUAAAGGCCAGUGUCAUUAACAAGUAUAGUAGCAAAGAUGUGUGAGAAAAUUACAAAAAACAGAUGGGUGGUAUUUAGAAGAAAACAGUAUAUUAACAAAUAGCCAAUUCAGAUUCAGAGGAGGACAGUCUUGUGUAACUAAUCUGAUCAGCUUCUAUUCAAGAGUAAUUGAUAUAAUACAGGAAAGAGACGGUUGGGCAGAUUGUGUGUAUCUGGACUUAAAAAAGGCAUUUGAUAAAGUACCACACAAGCAAUUAAUAUGGAAACUUAAUCAUGCUGGAGGUCUGGAUAGUUCAAUAUUGGAUUGGAUUAUGGACUUUUUGACAAAGAGAGAAAUGAGAACAGUAAUUAGGAAUAAUAAAUCAAGCUUGAUGGAAGUGACUAGUGGAGUCCCCCAAGGAUCGGUGUUGGCUCCGAUUAUGUAAUAUAUAUUAAUGACAUGACAGAAGGGGUGACAAGCUAUAUGAAUAUGUUUGCUGAUGAUGCUAAAAUAAUGAGAAGGGUGGCUAAUGAAGAAGACUAUGUAGCCCUGAGCCAAGAUCUCAAUAGAAUAAGCGAAUGGUCACGCAAAUGGGAAAUGACAUUCAAUACAGAGAAGUGUAGCGUGAUGGAGUUUGGUAAGAGCAGUAGACGAAUAUCGGGGAACUACUCUCUGAGUAAUGAAUGAAUCAUGAAAAAAAAAUGAAGAAAAAGAUCAGGGAGUGAUCAUAAUAGAUAAGUUAUCCUUUGGAAAACAUAUAGACCGGAUAACUGGGGAAACAUACAAUCUUCUUAGAAACAUAAAAGCACCAUUUACAUAUUUAGAUGAAGAAAUGGUGAAGAAACUAAUAACAUCGAUGAUACAUCCAAGACUGGAAUAUGCAUUAGUGUGGUCACCUAGAUUGAAGAAAGAAAUUUGAAAUUUGGAAAGAAUACAAAGAGCAGCAACUAAAUUACCAGAAACUCUGAGAGAACAUACUUAUGAAGGAAGACAGGAGAAAUUGGUACUAACAACAGAGAAGAAGAGAGAGAGGGGACCUAAUAGCAUUGUACAGGAUACAAGAGGGAUUGGAGAAAUUGGACAGGGAAGACCUAGUGAUGCGUGACAGAAGUGUAACAAGAGGCAAUGAUAAGAAAUUGAAGAAGAGUGACUGUAGGAGAGACAUAAAGAAAUACAGUUUUCCAUACAGAAGCAUAACAACAUGGAACGGACUUGACGAGGAGACUGUGUGUGCAAAAACAAUUCAUGAAUUUGAAGCCAAACUGGAUAAUGAUCGUUAUGGAGACGGGACGGCACGAGCCUAGUACGGCUCUUUUCCUGUAUUUCACAACUAGGUAAAUACACACACACACACACACACACACACACACACACACACACACACACACACACAGCAGUAAACAGCUCACUCGACACACCCGCUGGCCACUCUGCAUAGUGAGAAGACACCCCUGGGAGCCCGUCAAGGCCACCACCACUUCAGCCGUCAGUAUGGUCCCUACACAGCGGUGGACUCUAGGGUCACCGCCACCUGCUUCACCACCCAUCAUCACCAGCCUCAGCCAGCUGUCAUCACCAACGCAUCACACAACACCCUCUGCUGGUGCUGAUGUAUCCAAGGUUUUGAUGAUUCACAUUGGUUCCCAAGCUGUUACUUCAGGUCACCAUUUAUACCUUGUGUAUCUCUGAUGCAUCCAGCGCUUCACAUCUGACUUGGAAGGCCCGCUGGGACUGCAAAAGUGUUGUAUCAUUACUCCCAUUAAAAAAUUUGUUUAUCACAAGUAAAAUUUAAGUUAUAGCCUAUAGUCAUAUGUUUGACUAAAAUCAUCGUAUCACUACAUCACUUCUAUAGAAGAAAUAUUAUUGAAAGACCUACAAUAAAGCAUCUUCAGAAGAGGGUCAGUAACUGCCAAUAUUAUUAUCAGUUGUGUUGGCUACAAGUGGUAAAUUGGGGAUGCAUGAUUAUGGCAGAAUUUUAGACACAUCUACUAGUCAAGGAAAUUUCUUGAUUUUGUACCUUACCCACAUUGAAGUCUGCACCUCCAGGUUAUGUGGUGAGAUUGUAAAUAUACAGAAUUAAAUGUAACUGAAAUAUACAGUAAGGCACUGUAAGGUCUGAGCCACUUUAUAAUUUAGAUAUGUUCUGUGAUGAAAGUAUCCUGUAGAUGGCUAGCCAAGACUAGAGGGAAGUGCUGGGGAACUCAAGUCAUGUCAGGCAGCAGUUCACUGUAAGAAGGUCCACUCUUGAAACACUUGUGACUCUUGAUUUCUGCAGUCGUUUUAUAAAAUUCUUUAGCUUUCACUAUUACAGGAUGUUCCUAAAAUGAGAAAACUAGGAAGUAAUAAUCUCUAAAAUUUCAAGUUUUAAAACAUAUCAAAUGAAAUUUGUGAUUUCAACAGUUGAUGAUAUUUUAUUUUGGACUCAAGCCACAGUUCAUGCAUGAAUAUAUUUUACAUAUAUUUGUUGCAUACAUGUCCCAUGCUCUUUGAUAUAGUUUUGAUUACUGAUAUACAUAAUGAUAUGAAUAUUUAUUGACAAAUAAUGUAAUUCGUAUAUAAAAUUCAGUGUAUGUGAA